UGUUACAAGCACAACUACACGCAACAACAAAUCGAUCCUAUAGCAAUACACUACUAAAUCAACAUUUGAACAUGAACAUUUUUUUCACGUUUCUUUUAGUCGUUACCUUAACAUGUUUCUACAUUCCAGAGUUGAAGCCUCGUCCUGCAAUCAUAACCGCAUGUUGCAUGGCCAUGACGCUAGUGUACCACUUCCUAAGGAGCAGACCCAACAAAGUUUACUUGGUGGACUUUGCGUGCUUCAAACCAAGCAUGGCGUGCCUUUGCUCCAAGGACACGUUGCUGGACCGAGCCAAGCGUGUGGGGUUUCUCACAGAUGAGAACUUCAAACUCGUGACCAAGAUUCUAGAUAGGUCUGGUUUGGGACCGUGGACUUAUGUCCCUGAGGGAUUGUUGGAGAUCCCACCGAAGUUAACGUUAGAUGAGGCGAGGAAGGAAACGGACACGGUGCUUUUUGGGGCUGUGGAUGAGCUUUUGGAGAAAACUGGUGUUGAAGCCAAGGACAUAGGGAUUCUUGUGGUCAACUGUUGCUUGUUCAACCCCACUCCGUCGCUCUCUGACACCAUUGUGAACCGCUACAAGCUUAGAGGGAACAUUUUGGCCUAUAAUCUAAGUGGCAUGGGGUGCAGUGCUGGUGUUCUUGCUGUCGACUUUGCCAAACAGCUCCUACAGGCACACCCGAACUCAUACGCUUUGGUGCUGAGCACAGAGAACGAAAUCUCAAGUAUGUACUGGGGCAACCAACCUUCAAUGCUGCUCGUGAACUGCCUCUUCCGCAUGGGUGGCUCCGCCGCGCUCUUGUCGAGCCACCCCUCCGACCGCAACCGCUCCAAGUACGAGCUUGUCCACACGCUGCGCACCCACGUGGGCGCCGACGACAACAGCUACAAGUGCGUUUUCCAGGAAGAAGACGACGAGUGCAAAGUCGGCGUUUCGCUCUCAAAGGAGCUCAUGAACGUCGCCAGGGACGCCCUCAAGGUCCACAUCACCUCCCUCGGCCCCGUUGUCCUCCCCAUCUCGGAGAAACUCAAGUUCUUGGUCAACCUUAUUGAGAGGAAGGUUCUCAAGACCAAGUUUGAGUCUUAUGUGCCAAACUUCAAGCUCGCUUUCAACCACUUCUGCAUCCACACGGGAGGACGGGCUGUGUUGGACCGGAUGCAGAAGAGUCUCGAGCUUGAAGAUUGGCACAUGGAGCCUUCCAGGAUGACGUUGUACCGAUUUGGUAACACGUCAUCCAGUUCCGUGUGGUAUGAGUUGGCUUAUUGUGAAGCCAAAGGGAGGGUGAGAAAGGGUGAUAGGGUUUGGCAAAUGGCCUUUGGGUCUGGGUUCAAGUGUAACACCGCUGUGUGGGUUGCGUUGACUAACGUUGAACCUGAGUCCAACAAAAGUCCGUGGAGGGAUGAGAUACGCAAUUUUCCUGUUAAGAUUGAUCCACUCCCUGUCAAGAGUAACAAAUGAUCCAAUUGGGAGAAUUUAUGGUUUUGGAUUUGGAUUCUACGUUAUUGUUUUUAAAUUUGGUUACUUAUUAUGUGUGUUAUGACGUUAAGGGAAGAAUUAUAUAUGUACCAUGUUUCUAUAGCUUUAAUAGAUUAUGUAUUAAGUUACAAUAUUU